GACAAGGUCCUCGAGGGCAUCUUCGCCGUCGCCAAACCAGCCCACGUCUCGUCGGCACAUGUUCUCCUCAAACUGCAGGCGGCUUUUGCGCCUUCGGCCACAUUUGCGCCACUACUCGCGACCCAGCCCAAGCGCACCACAAAGUCACCUGACCAAGUCUUUCGUCUCGGCCAUGGCGGCACCCUGGACCCCCUGGCCGCUGGUGUUCUCAUUGUAGGCAUCGGGCGCGGCACCAAGCAGCUUUCGAGAUAUCUGGCUUGCAGCAAGAUUUAUGAGACGGUUGUGCUGUUCGGCGCAAGCACAGAUACCUACGACUGCACUGGAGCCAUUACCAACGAGGCAGACUCUUCACAUGUUACGAAAGAGCUGGUUGAUGAGAAGCUGGCAGCCUUCCGAGGGACCAUACAGCAAACGCCUCCCCUCUAUUCCGCGUUGAAAAUCAAUGGCGUCAAGGCCUGCGAGUACGCACGCCAGGGAAAGAGCCUGCCGCGAGACUUGGAGAGCCGGGAAAUGCACGUCGAUGAGUGCACGCUGCUAGAGUGGUACGGGCCGGGCCAGCACGACUUCACGUGGCCAACCAAGGACGAGCCAGCUCUAGCACCCGCAGCAAGAAUAAGACUAACAGUCUCCUCGGGCUUCUACGUCCGCAGCUUCGCCAACGACCUUGGCGUGGCGUGCGGUACUUAUUCGCACAUGGCAUCCCUCCUUCGGACACGGCAAGCCGACUUCACAGCAUCCGACCCACCCGAGGCACCGGGCCUCGUACCCGCGCUGACAUAUGCCCAUCUGGAAGCCGGCGAGGCCGUAUGGGCCUCUAAGCUUAGGCCACAACUCCAAAAUUGGGUCGCCUCCAACCCGGUGGCGCAGGGUCACGUCAACGGAAGGGAUGCAAGUGUCAAGCGCAAGGCCGAGGAGCAGGAAGCAAAGCCUAGGCAAAGGUUCCGCGGAGAAUGGGUCGCAGAAACCAAGAAGGAGAGAAUCAAGCAACAAGGCGGCAAGUUCAAAGGAAAAUGG